AUGAUGUCUUUAAAGCCUAGGAAUGUUGACUUCCAGGAGACCUGGGCCACACUUAAGGAAACGGUGGCUGGUGUAGUAGGUCUUCGAGCAGUUGAGCGUGCCGUAUGGAACACUCGCUUCUCUGAUGUGUACGCCCUGUGUGUGGCUCAUCCCGAGCCACUCGCUGACAAACUAUAUGAUGAGACGAGGAAGUUUCUUGAGGAACAUGUUGAUGGUUUGCUUCAGCGUGUGAAAGGAAACUGCCAGUUGGAGAGUAGCGACUACAAUGAUGGACUUCUGAACAGAUACGUGUCAGCGUGGCGUGAGUACAGUCAAGGAGUGGGUUAUCUCAACUCACUCUACUCUUACCUCAAUUUGCAACACGUCAAAAGACAGAAGGUUUCAGACGCUGAGAUAAUAUACGGUUCUUCAGCUACGGUCAGUUGUCCCGAACACGACUCGCGACAACUUGAGGUGGGCGAGCUAGGUCUAGUGACCUGGGAGCGUGUUCUAGUUCAGCCUCUGUCCGGAGCGUUGUCUUCUCGCAUCGUGUCAGCGCUGGAGGCUGCCCGGGACUCAUGCAACACCUCGCACGAAUCACACGACGUGCUAAGAGCUGCUAUACAUAGCACUGUACACGUACAGUCGUUUCGAGUCCGAGCUCCGUUGUCUCUGUACGAGCGUUUGGUUCUCGAGCCAUUCUUGGCGGCUGCGGGCGCGCAGCAUUCCCGACGUGCUGCAAGGUUGCUGCAAGAUGGCGACGUUUCCCAUUUCCUGCAGCACGCUUUAGCCGGAUUGGAGAGGGAAUUGAACCUAGCAAGGAGGUUCCUACAUACAACCUCUUUGGAACCAGUCAGAGGUUGCUACGAGCGCGCGUGCGUUCAGGCGCAUUUACCAGCAUUACAUGCGGAUGUUGAAAGAUUGUUAAGAGAAGCCUCUGAUGGUGAUUCUGAAGCGAGGAGGUUGGAUUUGAGGAGGAUGUAUGCGUUGUUGAGGCCGUUGGGAGCGAAUGCAUUGAGACCGCUAGUAGAGGCCGCGCAUCAACAGGUCGUGAAGGAUGGAAUGGCAUUACUAGAUGAAGAACAUCCCAAGGACGAGGCUCACUCCCACUUCGUGUCAGCGAUGCUGUCCCUCCACAGCAAGUACAACGCGUUGUUCGCUGACGUGUUUCAAGGAGCGCAGCCGUUCGUUGGAGCUUUAGAUAAAGCGUGUUCAGCGGUAGUUAACCGUCGUUCUCCCGGCGAGUCCUGCGCACGCGCACCCGAACUCGUCUCUCGUUAUUGCGACGCUCUGCUCCGGCGCCGCGCCGCUGAAGACGCCGAUGAUCGCUUGGCAGCCGCUAUAGUGGUCUUCAAAUACGUUGACGAUAAAGACGUUUUUCAGAAACAUUAUGCGCGUGCGCUGGCGAGAAGGCUCAUACAUCAAUUGUCUGCGAGUAUGGAACAGGAGGAAGCGAUGAUAAAUCGUCUGAAAGCGGCCUGUGGUUACGAGUUCACGAACAAGUUACAUCGCAUGUUCACCGACGUAGCUGUUUCCGCGGACUUGAACGCCAAGUUCCAGCAGCACCUGCGGGAUAACGACCUUUCACCUGGAACUGGGUUCUUCAUCCAGGUUUUACAGGCGGGGGCGUGGCCGUUGGGCGGGGCCAUGGCGCCACUAGCGCCACCUGCCCAACUCGAACGCCCUGCCCGUUUAUUCGAAGCCUUCUACAGAUCAUCGUUCAGCGGUCGCCGUUUAGCCUGGCUACAUCAUCUAUGUACGGGUGAACUGCGAGCUCGUCACGCUAGUAGGCUCUAUCAUUUGAGCGCAACAACUCCUCAAUGCGCAUUAUUGCUAAUGUUCGAGUCUGUAGAUGUCGUAUCGGCGAGAGAGGCUCGUGAUGCUCUCCAAUUAUCAGGAGAGAAUUGGACGCGACACUUGCGCCCUCUGUUGGAGGCCGGGCUACUCAUUGCCAAGAGUAACGAUGAAGACGGAGAUCUAGAACUAAACCUAAACUUCACCUGCAAAAGGACACGCAUCAGACUCACGUGUGCAGCGGCGCCCGCUAACCAAGGAGGUACGACCGGGUCGUCUUCAAGCACCACCGAGCCGACUCAUUGUGAUGAUGAUAGGAAGAUGUACCUACAGGCGGCGCUUGUACGGAUCAUGAAACAGAGAAAGGUCCUUCGUCAUACAGAACUAAUCCAAGAGGUAGUUUCUCAAGCCCGAGGAUCCUUUGCCCCUUCAGUGGCCAUGAUCAAGAAGUGUAUCGAAGCUCUCAUUGACAAACAGUACCUGGAACGAGCCCCGGGCACAUUAGACACAUAUUCGUACCUAGCUUAG